AUGACCUCGAUCAACUGGACCGAGCUCGAAGUCGCGGCCAAGAAGGCGUCGCUGGCGGCCUAUGCGCCGUACAGCCACUUCCACGUCGGCGCCGCGCUGCUGACGUCGGAUGGCCAAGUCUUUGCCGGCUGCAACGUCGAGAAUGCUUCGUAUCCCUUGGGCAACUGCGCCGAGCGUACCGCUGUGUACGCGGCGCGCGUCCAGGGCAACAUGACGCACAUCGAAGCCAUUUGCAUCUACACGCCGACCGAGAAGGCGACGUCGCCCUGCGGCGCGUGCCGCCAAGUGCUCAACGAGUUUGGCCCGACCAUGGUCGUGCGUAUGAUCUGCGACGGCGACGAAGUGCUCGAGACGACGAUCGACCACCUCCUCCCAUACGGCUUUGGCCCCAAGAACCUCGAAGAGGCCAAGGAAACCCGCGAUGCCCGCGCCAACUGCCCGUAAUGUGUUUUUAAAUUAAACGUCCUCUCUCUACGUGGAUGUGACGGCGUCGCGUGGGCGAGUCGAGAUGAUAUGAUG